AUGGCCUCAGUGUGGAGGCCGGUGAUGGGGAUGCGAGUCAUUCCGCUGGAGGACAAUUUAUUUGCCUUCCAAUUCCCUCACUUGAAGGAUUUGCAAAGAGUUUUGGAUGAACGCCCGUGGUCAUUCGAGAACCAAACUUUGGUGUGCAAGCAAGUCCCCGCUGGCGAGGCCGGAGGAGAUAGUGCUAGAUUCAGUGGCUUUUGGGUUCAAAUCCACGAGUUGCCGACUGUGUAUGCAACGUCAGAGUUCGUUGAGCAGGUGGGGAGAUAUGUGGGCACCUACCCAAACAUUUUCGGGGGCGCAUGGCGAAGCUAUUUUAGAGUCAGGAUUGCACUGAAUAUUGGAGAGCCGCUAAAGCGGAAUAUGAAGCUACAGCACCGCAAUGGGACCUUUCAAUGGAUCACGUUCAAAUACGAACGUCUGAACAUCUUUUGUUUAUGCUGUGGUUUGAUUGGGCAUUCGGAGAAAUUCUGUCACAAGGUGUAUGAGCAAGGACUGACGGCGAAGGACUUUCCUUAUGCAUUGCCCACUAUUGAUCCGGUUCUGGUUGAGGAAUUGCAACAGGUGAUUGGGGAGCAUAAACGCCGAUGA